GGCUUCCUCUCUUCUUCCCGUCUCUUUGUUCGUAUUCUCGCGACUGAUACACAGAGAGCGUCGAUACAUCCAGAUCCGAGAGAGAGAGAGAGAGAGAGAGAGAGAGUGAGAGAGAGGGCAGCUUACUACGGCGGAUAAGAUGAGCAGCAGCGGGAAGGUCAUGGGCGGCGGCGGAGGAGGGAGAAAGGGGAAUAAUGGAAUGAACGAUAUUCCGCCAAAGUCAAGGAAAACAGUAGAGAGCUUGAAGGAAAUCGUGAACUCUCCCGAGGCUGAGAUCUACGCUAUGCUUAAAGAGUGUGGGAUGGAUCCUAACGAAGCCGUUCAUCGCCUCCUCUCUCAAGAUCCCUUUCACGAGGUAAAGAGCAAAAAGGAAAAGAAGAAAGAGUCUAGGGAUGUACCGGAGUCCAGGCAGCGUGGGGCUAAUAGCACUUACAACCGUGGUGGUAGAGGUGCUUCUGAUCGCUAUGCUGGACGAAGUGGAUCUACCUAUCUCAGCUCUACUGAUACUGGGAAUUUCCAGGGAAAAUAUACAAACAAGAGAGAAAGUGGAACCCAUGGUCACACAAGCUCUUGGUCUUCUGGCUCUGGAGUGGCAAACCACCAUCAGAUACCACACAGUGAUUCUGUUGUCACGGAAAAGAACUUGCCACCUGCUCCCUCGAGCGAUGGAAUAUCAUCAUCUUCACAGCCUGCUUCUGGACAUCAAACUCCAUGGUUUGGAGCUCCAGGCCAGUUGUCUAUGGCUGAUAUUGUGAAGAUGGGUAGACCACAGAACAAGACAACAAGCUCACAACGAAAUGUCAACAUGCGUUCUGAGAUUAGUCACGACCAUGAAGGUAGUGCAAAUCAACAGGUCCCUGUUAAAGAUGAAUGGCCGUCAAUUGAGAAGCCACUGGCUCCUAGUACAGCUUCUGUAUCAGUAGCACCAGCAGCAGAGUCAGAGGUAUGCGGUGGUACAAGUGAUUUCCCAUUAGAGAGAGUAGAUCAUCAUCUGAGGGACCGGUUAGAAAAUAUACAGUUAGCAGAAAGCGGUCCGUCUGAAGAUCUUGGUGUAGAUCAUGUGCAACCUAGCUCGGUUGGAAAUGUCCAAGAAGAGGACUCAGGAGUUUCUACUGAAUCUAAUGAUAAUCAGUACACUUAUGAGACGCAGAGCCAUCCUGUAGAGCACCACAAAGAUGAAGAUGAGGUUUCAUCUGGUUCAGCCGACUUUCAAGAACAAACCGUAGAAAGUCAUGAACAAGAAGCCUCGCAUGAAGAGGAUAGACGUGCUGUUGUUAUUCCAAAACAUUUGCUAAUCCAUACAGAAGAGUGCUCGCAAUUGAGUUUUGGAAGUUUUGGAGGUUUUGGAUCAAGGCCUUUGAGCAACAAUGCAGAAGAAGAGACUCCUGAUGUAGCUCCACAGAACGAACAUUCAGAUGCUAGAAAUCCUGAGUUCUAUGGAGAUGAUCGUCUUGGAAGUACAGUUAAUGGAAAUAUAGGCCACGCACCUGCUGCGGCUGCAAAUUAUGAUGAUUCUUUGGAAUCAAGGCGAGAGGUUCUGACGCAAGAAAACCCUGAGACUGUUAAAGAGAACCAGUACACAUUUGCUCAGACCGAGCCAGAGUAUGCUAAGCAGCAGCAGCAGCAGCAGCUGAAUACUGCAUAUGAUGCGUCACAGACAAAUGCACAGAAUCAGAUGCAGAAUCUUGCUUCGUUAUCAAAUGUGAUGCAGGGAUAUCCACACUCAGAUCCCAACAGUUUAUUGGCACAAAAUGCUAGGGAGCUUGAGUUCCAGUAUUCCUCGUUUGCACAGUCUAUGCAGUCAAGAAAUGGCAACAAUGCUUCUCCACUUGGUGGCCAAAGCAUCUCCAUGCCAGAGGCGCUCCGAGGCAGUGGAAUCCCGGGGACGCAGCCAAUGCAGCAAAACUUACAAGGUGCUAAUAUCGCCACUGGACCAGCACUUCCCCAACAGCUUCCAAUGCAUCCUUACUCUCAACCCACAAUGCCGCUAGCACACUUUGCAAACAUGAUUAGUUAUCCUCUAAUGCCUCAGAACUAUCCGUACAUGCCGUCCGCUUUCCAGCAAACAUACGCUGGCAACAGCUCCUAUCACCAGCAACUAGCAGCGUUGCUUCCGCAGUACAAAGCCAAUCUCUCUCCCAGUAAUUUGCCUCAGUCCGCAACAGCGCCUGCGUCCGCUUAUGGAUUUGGGAACUCCGCCAAUGUUGGAUCCGCUGGAAACUUCCCUAUUAGCCAACAGUCUGCUCCUACCGGUUAUGAAGAUGUUCUGAGUUCUCAAUACAAAGAGAGUAAUCAUCUGUUGGCACUUCAACAUCAGCAGCAACAGGUAAUAAUUGUCUCUUUAUUGUCACUUUCUCUUGGUUUCAGACAAGAACACCACUUGAUGACACUUUCUUUUCUCCUGCUUCAGAACGAAAACUCGGCAAUGUGGCAUCACGGUCAUGGCACUCGGACCAUGUCAGGUGUCCCGGCUAACACAUACUACAACCUCCAAGCACAACAACAACAGCAACUACAACAGACUCAGCAAGCUGCGGCAGGAGGGUAUCGUCAAGCUCAGCAGCAGCAACAACAGCGUUAUGGAUCACAUGGCUACCCUAAUUUCUAUCAGUCCCAAACAGAAAUGUCGCUCGAGCGCCAGCAGCAAAACCCUAGAGAUGGUGCGGGAGCUCAGGUUGGUCAGCCCUCAGAUCAAACCCAGCAGCUCUGGCAAAACUCUUACUAAAUGAAGAAAGGAGUGUGUUCUUCUUUCGGUUAUAGAGUGGUUUUGUGUGGUGAGGCAUGGAUAUGUUCUGAAUGUAUGUUUUAUAUAAAUCAUCUUUUUGUCUACUCUGUUAACUUAGGUAACAGCCAAUUCUGAUUUCAUCGAUGCAAAACUUAUAAAAAAGAAUAGGUGAACCUUUUCUUUCUU